AUGGCCCGAUCAUUCGGGGAAGCCGCAUCCUUCCGCGAUAACCCAGAGUCGGGGCCAGACGGACACGCCUCGAAGAGUUCGACUACGCAUCUCGAAGAUGGCUACACGGUCCGCCGCGGACAGAAGAGGGAGUCCUUCUGGAGGAGAUUUCUUAUGACAAUUCGCUUGCGCCGAAGACCAAGUCAUAACACAUCUGAGGAUGAUGACCUAUCUUUCAUCACUUCGACCGAAAAGCUUCACAGGACGAGGUGUACGGGUGGGGCCAGUCGUCGGAUCUGUGUCAGCGUACCGAUAGUGAUACUGGCGAUCUUUGGUUUAAUACAAGCAAUCAAGUUUCUACUCGUCCUAGGACCUCUAGUCUGGGACAACCAAGACGACAACUUCCUGCCGAACUGGGGUCAGCCUGGCCAGCUUGGUGAGGGAUUGUCACACUAUGCCACAGACUUCACAAGGGACGUCGUGCCUAUACCAUGCCACUCGCAUAAUGACUACUGGCGUCGCGUUCCGCUAUUCGAAGCUAUCCAUUAUGGGUGCACUGGAGUCGAGGCAGACGUAUGGCUGUUCGAUGAUGAGCUCUUCGUCGGGCAUAACCUCGGGUCACUGACAAAAAACCGCACGUUAAGAAGAAUGUAUAUCAAUCCGCUGCUGGAUAUCCUUGAUCACCAGAAUCCUUCGACACCUUUCAACAACAGCAGUCGUCAGGGCGUUUUCGACGAAGAUCCAAAUCAGACACUCACCCUUCUUAUUGACUUCAAAACCCUCGGCGAGGCCCUCUGGCCAUAUGUCGAAGCGCAGCUCGAGCCUUUGCGGGCCAAGAACUAUCUUACCUACUACAACGGAUCUGCAGUAACCUCAGGACCUAUAACAGUCGUGGCCACCGGAAAUGCACCCUUUAACCUCCUGACAGCCAACAGCACCUACCGGAACAUCUUCUUUGACGCGCCGUUAGCGUCCAUGGCCGGCAAGCAUUCCAACGAUGAAGCUAGCGAAGCAACACAGAACUCGGGGCAAGGUAGUACUGGAACCAAUGGUCUGACAGCCGAUGCGUUCACAAGCGCCAACUCCUACUAUGCCAGUGUAUCAUUUAGCCAGACCAUCGGCUUCCCAUGGCGCGGCCGCCUCUCAGAGAAGCAGCUGCGCAAGGUCAGGGCUCAGAUUCAGGGCGCGAAGCAGAGGGGCUUGAAGCCGAGAUAUUGGUCCACGCCCAGCUGGCCGAUUGGCUUGAGGAAUCACAUCUGGGAUGUACUGGUGAAAGAGGGUGUGGACUACCUGAACGUCGACGACUUGAAGGCAGCUGCGAGGAACGAUUGGAGGAAGUCAAGAUUCUUCCUGUGA